AUGAUGCUGCUGGAGCGGACCCCUUCUUACCUGGCUCCUGGGGUCCAGAGAACACACGGUGGUGGUCGCUGGUGCGUCCUCAGAGUUGGAGCAGUGGUCAGCGGCUCUCAGUGGCUCACAGCGCGCGGCUCUUCUUCGCACAACUCGCACCAAAACAAGCUUCCCGAGCUCACGCGCGCGCCGCCACCGCUGAUGCUGUGCCAAAUAUGGACAUAG